AUGGACGGAGGUCCUUUCGACGAUCCGAUUUUCUCCGAUUUCGGUGCUCGAGGUGGUGGCUCGGGGGUUCACAGUAUUCAAGUGAUGCUCGGUCUUCAUGGUGGACACCACGGUAGCGAUUUAAUGCCAACCGGGGGACAUCUUCAUAAGUUGGACUCUUCGAAUAGUCCACCGCCCCAUCAUCAGACCUCUCAUCAUCAUCUCCAGCAACAGCAACAGCAACAGAAAGAGCUGAAGGAGUUAGAAUUGGCUGGAAUGUACGCUCCGCUUCCUCAGACACAGGAUGUCACCACUUCGACGUCCAGCGCCGCGACGCCGACGUCUACGACACUGCAACAGAGUUUGCAGCUUGGGAAUCCGUUGAAGAGGAAGGCAGAGGAUCCGAUGAACACUCUUGCUCCAGUGAGCAGCGAGGCGCAACCGGCUAAGAAAGACUCCAAGAAGAAGACUGAUAAUAAUGGAAUCAAGAAAAAGAAGACUAGAACAACGUUCACGGCUUAUCAAUUGGAGGAGUUGGAAAGAGCAUUCGAGCGUGCACCGUAUCCUGAUGUGUUCGCGCGAGAAGAACUCGCCUUGAAACUUGCUCUUUCGGAGUCCAGGGUUCAAGUUUGGUUUCAAAAUCGACGUGCAAAAUGGCGGAAGAGAGAACCACCGCGUAAAACUGCCGGUUACAUGGCUGCUGGCUCAGCGAGUCCCGGCUUAUCAGGAUCACUCACCUCGUUCAACAACACCCUAAAUCCAUUUGCCUCUCCAACUACGGCAACAGCUCCCCCAGACGCCUGGGCUUAUUCGCCAGCGUACGAUUUGGCGCCACAUCUGAAUCUACUCAGUCCGUCCAACUCCCCGUACUCCACCUCUUUCGGUGGACCGAGCAAUAACGGGUCGGCGUACUCGUACGCGACGAUGCUUCCGCAGCACGACGCCUCGUUAUUUUCCACGCCGUCGGGCAACACGAUGCGCGUACACCAAGAUUACAUUAACGCUAGUAACAGUCCGCCGCCUCCUCUCACACGCAACGACUAUCAGACUAUGGUGACCACCCACUCGCCACCCACGCAUCUGGCCAACUCCAUGUCUGAGGAGGAACAUCAGCAGAACAAACAGUUGGAUUACGUCAGUGGUCUUAGUCCAGCGGAUAAAUAUCAGCACGAGCAACCUGACUAUACGCAACAGCAACAACAGCAACAACAACAGGAUCAGAAGCAGGAAUACGGAAUGCAUUCACCACAAGGUCGCCAAGGUAUGAAGGAGCAAGUGAUGGUGAAGAGCGAACCAACCAGCCAACAGAACUAUGUCCAAUUGCCUCCUUUUCUGAACUGA